AUGGCAUCUCCCGCGGCUACUGGAGCGAAGACGAGGGAGCUGGAACUGGAACACUCCCCCCCCGAGCCCUCCUUGGGGGGAGCCGCGGCCUGGAGACGGGGCGUACCAGAGUUGUCGUUCGUGCUUGACCUCCUGCAUGACGCCCUCCAGUCGCGGGAGGUUGUGGCCCGGGAUCCGCAGAUGAGUGAAGACCAGCAGGGGCGGGUGCGGCGUGCGGUGUCGAGUGCGCUGUGGGAUGUUCUUCAUCUGCCGCUUCAACCGGAGGACCCUUUGCUGGACGACGGGCCUGGCACUGCGGCUUUCCGCAUGGUAGCCACGGCUGCUGAGGAGUGCCCGCUUGGGAUCGUCCCGGCGCUCGCGUGUGUGCUCCGGUGGCUUGGGCGGCGGGUGAAGCGGAUCAUUCUCUCUCUCUAUCGCUCUGCCACAUUCUCUCUCUCUCUCCAACUCUCGCGCUCUGCCGCAUUCUCUCUCACGCCCUGCCUCAUUCUCUCUCACACCCUGCCGCAUUAUCUCUCUCUCGCUCUGCCGCAUUCUCUCUCUCUCGCUCUGCCGCAUUCUCUCUCUCUCGCUCUGCCGCAUUCUCGCUCGCUGCCGCACUCUCGCUCGCUGCCGCAUUCUCUCUCUCGCUCGCUGCCGCAUUCUCUCUCUUGUCCUGCUGCAUUCUCUCUCUCGCUCUGCCGCAUUCGCUCACUCUCGCUUUUCCGCCUUCUCUCUCUCUCGCUCUGCCGCAUUCUCUCCCUCUAUCGCUCUGUCACAUUCUCUCCCUCGCUCUCUCUCUCACGCCCUGCCGCAUUCUCUCUCACGCCCUGCCGCAUUCUCUCUCGCUGUCCCCCUCCCCUGCUCUUUAUCCUUCUCCGCCUCCCUUGCUCUCUCUCUCUCUGUCCCCUCCCUUGCUCUUUAUCCUUCUCCGCCUCCCUUGCUCUCUAUCUCUCUGUCCCCCUCCCUUGCUCUCUAUCCUUCUCCGCCUCCCUUGCUCUCUCUCUCUCUGUCCCCCUCCCUUGCUCUCUAUCCUUCUCCGUCUCCCUUGCUCUCUAUCUCUCUGUCCCCCUCCCUUGCUCUCUAUCCUUCUCCGCCUCCCUUGCUCUCUCUCUCUCUGUCCCCCUCCCUUGCUCUCUAUCCUUCUCCGCCUCCCUUGCUCUCUCUCUCUCUGUCCCCCUCCCUUGCUCUCUAUCCUUCUCCGCCUUCCUUGCUCUCUAUCUCUCUGUCCCCCUCCCUUGCUCUCUAUCCUUCUCCGCCUCCCUUGCUCUCUCUCUCUCUGUCCCCCUCCCUUGCUCUCUAUCCUUCUCCGCCUCCCUUGCUCUCUCUCUCUCUGACCACCCCUUAUCCUCCUUCACCCAGCAGCUUCCUCGCACCUUCCCUGAGACGCCCUCCAUUUUCCCUGUCCCCCCUGAAGCCUCCCCAACUCUGUAUUCCUCUUCCUGA